GAGUGGAGAAAAACGGACAUCGUCUCUUCAGUUAAUGGCAUGGCUUGAAAGCAUUCACAUGAGCUUCUAAAACAGAGAGGGUUGAUUGUAGUUGGAGCUCUGUUUUUGUGUGUGUGCAGUUCGUGCUUGGUCAGUCAGCCCAAUUUGACUAGUUCGUGUGAGUCCAUCCAAUUUCGUGCUGUUUUAAGAUGGUCUUCGUGCUUUGAAGCCUUUUGCACACCUUUUCAUUGGGAACGACAAAGGAUUCAUCGGCUCAUCGCCAAAAGCUUCAUUGACGACGACCAGCCCCACCAACAACAUUACCAAACUUGAACUUCAACGGCUCGGUUCUGUUCAUUGGUUUAUUAUUGUCCGUCAUAUUCUGUCGCUUGGAGAGAACUCCCCUAACGAGGAAUUAGUCAAACGUAUCCGACUUUUGUUCAAGAGGCGCGUGCCCAUAUGAACAUCGAAGCAACCGUAUUCGAAAAAGAAGUGGUUUGAAUUGCGUCAAAAAUUCAGUGAAGCCAAAUUGGUUGGUACAUAUCAUGGUGACUGGUUUGGUGGUGGACGAAAAAAAUCAUUGUGUAUGUGAGUCCGCUCUGAAUCGGGUUCUCCAGCCAUGAGCUCUUGAGCAGCACUACUUGAAAACGGAAGUGUCUGGUUCAAAGGAGAUCUCAUCUCCAUCAUGACCUAAAACAUUUCUAAGCAUGCUUAAGUGGCUUGUGCAGAAGACUCCGCAGCAAUCCAAAAACUUGGACCUCAUUACCGACAAUCCAUUGGCUGCUCUGGAAUUCAAUGGAGGGAUCUCAACGGGGAAAUCGAGAAGCAAGGAGAUCUACUCCGUGAAUAGAACAAAUCCUUUGUACGAUGCCGAUGACGGCAAGUGGGUAAAUCAUGGAUUUCGAGAUGAUGACCCCGAUCCAAAGUUGCUCCACGUGGAACCGAAUGCCACCAGAUCGUCCAGAACGUCUUCUGGAUAUGGCUCUCAAGAUUCUCAAAGGCGUAUGAUUGGAACGCAGAGCAACCCCCAAGUCCUUGGUCGGGAUGAACUGACCUCCAGACAUGAGGUGGAAUCAUUUGCUCCCGUUGGUCGUGGUCCGCCCAAGCCAAUUUGGCCAGACAAACAUCAGGCUCCAAACAUAAUUCUUCGGUCAACGGAGACGCAUUCUAACAAGCAUGUGCCCAUUGCUUUUCUCCACACCAACUCCAAGUAUGUCUCCAGCAUUGGAAUGUUUGGAGAAAAACCCGGACCUCAUGUCUUCAACGUUGUCAGAAAUGGAGGCUUUGUCAGUUCUAUCCAAUUUGGAGGCGCCAAGUCAAUCAAAAGACCCAUCCAUCCCAGGCUUGGACCCCAUAGUAGCAAGGAGAGAGUGUUUGGCAUAUCACAUAAGCAACUUUCCCCCAUUGAUGAAAUGCAAGUGGAUUAUGAAACUAACGCUGGAAUGGACGACUCAAUUGUGACGGAUUCUUUGCUCCAACUGACCAGUUUUUCUCCAGCCAUUGCCAACCCCGAGUUGAAAGGUGAUCGAACCGGUGGGUUUUUGGGACAUAUCGUGGAAGACCAGGAUGAUGAUGAAGCCAUAUAUCCUCCCUCUGGAAUGGUUCGUAAGAACGAAAACAUGGACAAUGUAAUCCGUGAGCUCACCCAAGCUGUGAUCAAGUCUCGGAACCGAUCCACUCUCACCAGAGCAAUGGGAAGUAAAGCUUCUGGCCAACGAUCAUCAUCGAGACGAACGUACCUAAGGAACUCGAUUCGGGCAGUUAAAUCCAUUAGCAAAGGGCCCGGGAAGCAGGUGAUGCGGGAUUUGUGGCAGAAAUCCGGUAUGAAAACCAAUGGAAGGAAGCUGAUUGCCGAUAGUUUGAGUGAAGACGAGUCCGGGGACUCCCAAGACGGCCGAUCAAAGUACUUGAAAAAACGUGGAAGAAAGCUGCCCAAAAGAAACCAUUCCAUUGGCUCAUCUUCAGUCUCUUCCAGUGAAUCAACAUUGUCAGGCUCUUACCAGACUCCAUUUACCAAUGGUCCUCGAUCCCAUGCUUUCUCCUCAGGCAUCUAUGCCGAGGUCUACAAAUCUUCCUCACAGAACAGCUCAGUGAGAAAGGUUUUUGAUCGAGGCCUCGUGGGCACAAUUGCGGAUGACGUAGAGUCUAUCUCAACUUCUGAUAGUGAAAACAAGCGGGUUCGGUUCUCGGGUGACGUGGUGAACAACGAAGCACUCAAAGAGAGAUUGGUGUACGAUUUCGUUCCAAGGACAAAACCAAGCCAGCCUCAAAAUCGGAACGACGUGAUCAUCGACAUUGCCAAACUCAACCAAAGAGACGGGUUUCCAAGUGAAGUGGGUGGUGCACCGUUGUGGGAACGGUAUUAUGGUGCGGAUGGGAAAUUUGCGGGCAACCCCGAAGAUAGGAACGACAGCGCCAAGAAGACUGACUAUCGAGCCAUAUUCACUUCACCUUACUUCGAUUACCGAAGAACAAAUUCACAUGGAGGCACCGUGACGAGCAAAUCUGACCCGCUGAUCUCAAAUCUGGUGGCAAAACAGACCCUUCGAAUGCAAAAGAAACGACCGCGAAUAUGUGGCUAUUGGCAAACCAUUUUUACCUUGUUAUUUCUGGGCUCCGUAAUGGUGACAAUUCUGACUUUGACCGUGUUGUAUGCAAGCCAACGGACUGAAAGUUAAUUUAUUGAGGGUUGGUUUUGGGGAUAUUUUUGGCGAACCUGAUGGUAUUAAAUUUGAAUGUAAAAUUUCGUAUUCGCAGCAAUAAUUGGUGGUUGAGUUCAUCCAUGUGUCAAAACUCACAAGUGUCAGGAAAAAAAAGGAUAAUAUAUGUGAAAGAUCAAUCGCA